UUUGAGUCUGUCUAGAUCCAAUACUCUUUUCCAAAUCCAGUUCUGUAUCACUGGCUUCUUCCUCAUCGAAUAUCUUCUUCACUCUCCAGAUUCUCUCACUUCCGUGACAUCGGUCUCCUCUCUUCAAUCUCACGCGCAAACCUCUCCAUAACCAAUGGCCUUACCGCCGGCCAGUCUCGAGCUCCGGGAACUCGGGAACACGGGGCUCAAGCUCAGCUGUGUUGGCUUCGGGGCCUCGCCUCUUGGCAACGUUUUCGGCCCGGUCUCCGACGAAGAUGCCAUCGCCUCCGUCCGCGAAGCCUUUCGCCGCGGCAUCAACUUCUUCGACACCUCUCCAUACUAUGGAGGAACUUUGUCAGAGAAGAUGCUUGGUAAGUCACUAAAGGCUCUAGGAGUUCCAAGACAUGAAUAUAUUGUAUCAACAAAGUGUGGGCGGUACGUUGAGGGUUUUGACUUCAGUGCCGAUAGAGUGACUAGGAGCAUUGAUGAGAGCUUAGCAAGGUUGCAGCUAGACUAUGUUGAUAUAUUGCAAUGCCAUGAUAUUGAAUUUGGAUCUCUGGAUCAGGUUGUCAACGAAACUAUUCCUGCCCUUCAGAAAUUAAAGGAAGCAGGGAAGAUCCGUUUUAUUGGAAUUACUGGACUUCCAUUGGAAGUUUUUACAUAUGUACUCGAUCGAGUGCCAUCAGGCACAGUGGAUGUAAUUCUGUCAUAUUGCCACUACAGUAUUAAUGAUUCAACAUUGGAGGAUUUAUUACCCUACUUAAAGAACAAAGAGGUUGGAGUAAUUACUGCUUCUCCACUUGCAAUGGGUCUUUUGACUGAGAGAGGUCCCCCAGAGUGGCACCCAGCUUCACCUGAACUCAAGUCUGCAUGCCAAGCAGCUGUUGCCCAUUGUAAAGAAAAGGGGAAGAAUAUUUCAAAGUUGGCCCUGCAAUAUAGCCUGUCAAAUAAAGACUUCUCAUCUGUUUUGGUUGGAAUGAACUCUACUGGACAGGUGGAGGAGAAUGUUGCUGCUGCUAUAGAAGUCACAACUGUUGGCAAAGAUGAGGAAACACUGUCAGAGGUUGAAGCUAUCCUGAAGCCAGUGAAGAAUCAGACAUGGCCAAGUGGAAUCCAGCAUUGAUAACUACUACUUAUGUGAAUUGGUGUGAAUUGGAGCAUUAAUAACAGGUUAAUCCAAUUGGGGACGAAUUCUAUUGUUGUGAGGCUCUACCUGUAUAAGAGGAAAUAAUUUUAUCGAUGGGAAUGUAUCCAAAUCUUUAACGUUAUGAGCGUGUCAUGUAUCAAUAAUAUCCUCUCUUUUUCUCCCUUUCCUCUGGGCCAACGGGUAUUGGCUGAUGUACGUGACUCAUCAAAAUGUUUUGUUGGAUCUGCAGUGGAAAGCUUCUUUGUGGAU